UUCAGUUUCGGUUUCAGUUUCGUUUGCAACGUGCGCGCGAAAAGACGCAACAGUCGAAAAUUGAGAGAAAAUAACCAGUUGGCCCAAAGUCCUACGCCGAAUUUUGAGAAAACCCACCUUUAGCAACCCGAAAAGAACCACCGAAACAAAGCCAAGAUGUCGCACUCAGUGACCAUUACCCGCACCACCACCAGCACCACCAACACCUCCUACAUUGUCCUCAACACGGGCUAUCUGAAGACCUUCCCCGGAAUUCUCAAGCUCUUUGAGCUGAUCAUUGGUGCCGCCAUUGUGGGAAUUUUGGCUUACAACUAUCAGGAUUACCACAGAAAUUAUUAUGGUCAGCAGGAUCUGUUCCAUUAUCUUAUGGGCGUCACAUUUAUGAUAGGGACGUUCUGUUUACUCCUCGCCUGUCUCACAUCCCUGAGUACGGGAGGCAUUAUUGCCAAGACGAUCUAUGAGCUGAUUUAUCACAGCGUGGCCGCCAUCCUGAUCCUUGCCUCCUCCACCUUCCUGCUGAUCAGAUUGCGCGACAUUAAGCACGAUGCCUAUAUGGUUGCCGGAGUUUUGGGCCUGGUCAAUGCCGUGCUGUACUUCAUCAGCGCCUUCUUGGCCCACCGAUCCUAUCGCGGCAUUUAAGCACUAACCAACCAACCAAAACCCACCGCCCACUCGGCAAUCUCCCUCAGCCCUCUCAGCGAGUGUUCAAGCGGAAUCUGUAAUCUCGAAGCAUUUGAUCUUCCCACAUCUAACCAUCGGCCAUACGGAGAAGUCGAGAGUCCAGGGAUAGAUGUGUACAGAAAGUGGUUGCCAAGCGGCGGAAUCUUUGUUGUACUGUGAAACGUUCUUUGGCGCUAGUUACACUUACUUAUACUUUAUACCGAUAUAUACAAGAUUUUUUUUGCCUCACUUUCUUUUAUACCAAACAGAGUGUCAUGUAUUCGAAUAAAGAUGUGUGUCUAUAUGUUUUUUUUUCUAAAAA